GAUACAUUGCGGAUUUGAUCCUCUCGAACACGGCCAUGGACUACAUCACAGAAUAACAUCAGAUGUUGCUAUUCUAAACUGCCUGCUUUGAGUUCUACAGAUUUGUUAGCUGUUUAGUUGUAUGUUUAAGUUUAUUUAGCUUUAUAUGAAAACACCAUGUCGGUGGCGUUUGCACCUCACAGACAACGUGGAAAGGGUGAUAUAACACCCGCUGGAAUUCAAAAGUUACUGGAUGAGAACAAUCAGCUGAUUCAAUGUAUAAUGGAUUUCCAGAGCAAAGGAAAGACCGCAGAAUGUUCACAGUACCAACAAAUGCUCCACAGAAAUUUGGUUUACCUGGCCACGAUAGCAGACUCCAAUCAGAACAUGCAGUCUCUGCUCCCUGCUAAGUGUGACUCCCCUACUCCUCCAGAGGUAAAGCUUGAACCACCCACUCAGAACAUGCCCAUGGGCCCUGGUGGGAUGAACCAGAGUGGAGCACCUGGCCCCCAGCCCCCCCACGGACACAACAUGCCCUCGGAGGGCAUGGUCAGCGGCGGCCCCACUGCCCCACACAUGCAGAACCAGAUGAACGGACAGAUGCCUGGGCCCAAUCACAUGCCCAUGCAGGGCCCCGGGCCUGGCCCCAACCAGCCUCCCAACAUGCCUGGCAGUGGUGCCAUGAACAUGCCCCCUAGCAGCCACGGCUCCAUGGGCGGCUACAACCACGCUGUGCCCUCGUCUCAGGGCAUACCUGCCCAGGGCCAGAUGAACAUGACGCAGGGACAGGGACCCAUGGGCAACUACGGACCCCGGCCCAACAUGAACAUGCAGCCUAACCAAGGCCCCAUGAUGCACCAGCAGCCUCCCUCCCAGCAGUACAACAUGCCCCCUGGGGGUGGCGGGCAGCACUACCAGGGCCAGCAGAAUCCAAUGGGCAUGAUGGGUCAGGUCAACCCAGGCAACCAUGUCAUGGGGCAGAGGCCCAUGCCCCCUUACAGACCCCCACAGCAAGGACCCCCUCAGCAGUACCCAGGGCAGGAAGACUACUAUGGGGACCAGUACAGUCACGCAGGACAGGGAGCUUCAGAAGAGCGAGACCCAGCAGCCAACCAACAGUCCCCCUAUGAAAAAGAUCAUGGAAACGCCCAGUAUGGCCAGCAGCAGGAGGCCUACCAGCAAGGUCCUCCUCAACAGCAGGGCUACCCCCCACAGCAGCAGUACCCCGGACAGCAGGGCUAUCCUGGACAGCAACAGGGUUAUGGUCCGUCCCAGGGAGCUCCAGGCCAGUACCCCCAGGGUUACCCCCAGGGCCAGGGGCAGCAGUACGGGGCCUACCGGGGCCCCCAGCCCGGCCCCCCUCAGGCCCAGCAACAACGCCCAUACCCAGGCUACGACCAGGGACACAUGAGGAAAUAAAGACCCGGGGAUUUGAACCCCUGACUAGCUCUGUAAGAAGCAAAGGGUCAAUAUGGAAAUUACCAGCAAUGAGAGAUGGUCAUGGCAGUCAACAAGAGCCCUGCUCUGACCUCUAACCUCUAAACUCGGCUGCAGCUCACUGAGACACCCUCUCUUUCUCUCACACACACACACACACACACACACACACACACACACACACACCAUUUGUGGUCCUUAUGUGAAAAGUGUAAUUUUUGUUAAUGUCGAUAAUGAGAUGAUUUUGUCCACUUCCAUCACUUCGCUUCUGGUCUGUGUUAGUCUCAAAGCAGUGAUGCCUUAAAACGAAACAGAGCUGCCUUAUACAGAGCCCUGCAGAUUGUGAAAUGGGCAAAAAUAACAAGUUACAUUCAUUUUUGGGAUAUAACAGGACAGAAUUGUACAGAACUGAACUUCACACUCAUGUAGUGCAAUGUUUCUCCAUCCAAUAGCCCCCCCGUUCAUAAAAAGCAAUAAUGCCAAUGGGAGGGGUGGGACAGAGGUGGCGUGAGGAGAUCUUGCAUCUGAAACAAAAUUCUGUUAGGCCAUGGUACAUGUCAACGUGUGUGAUGAUGUAAAAAUCUAUUUUAUGCUUUUUAGAUUAAGCUAACUUUGUAUAAGAAUUUGGAGACUAGUAUCGUUAAAUAUUUUUUUUUAAA